GGAGCGCGGCCGCGCGUGAGGGACGGGCGGAGCGGGCGAGCGGCCGUGAGGGGAGAUGUCGGCUCGGGGCGGCUUCGGCGACCCCCAGCUUCUGACCCGGCGCAUCCCCUCGAAUCCCAAGUAUCAACAUAUAAAAACUCGUCUGGAUACCGGAAAUAGUUUGUCAAAAUACAUGGAAAAAUUGGAAGAGAUCAAAAGAAAUUACAGGUAUAAAAAGGAUGAGCUGUUUAAGAGGCUGAAGGUGACAACUUUUGCUCAGUUGGUUCUCCAGGUCGCCUCUCUGUCCAAUGAAACCUUAGAAGUGCCCAACGAGGAGCUGCACAAGCUGCAAGAUGCUGGUGCUGCGGGUGACGAUGCAGCGGGGACAAACGGCAAAGGGAGCCCCGAGGGGACAGCCAGCCCUGUCCUGUUCCUGAACAACCCGGGAGCCGGGGAAUCCCUUCGCUCCACGCUGCAGAGUGUGAUCAGUGGGGUUGGGGAGCUGGACGUGGAGAAGGAUUCUCCAAAGGAGGAGGACAGCCAGGCCAAGGAGAGGCCUUAUCCCGACUGCCCGUUCCUGCUGCUGGACGUGCGGGACCGCGACGCCUACGAGCAGUGCCACAUCGUGGGAGCUUAUUCCUAUCCCAUUGCAACGUUGUCUAGAACCAUGAAUCCCUAUACAAAUAAUAUUCUGGAAUAUAAAAACGCCCAUGGAAAAAUCAUCAUCGUGUACGACAACGACGAGCGCUUGGCGAGCCAGGCGGCCACCACCAUGUGCGAGAGGGGCUUCGAGAACCUCUUCAUGUUAUCUGGGGGCCGCCUUACCCGGGGUGUUUCAGGCCGCGAUUCCAAGCUCUCAUCCGUGAGGAGCAACCCCAGCCUCCCCAGCACUGCUCGCACCGUGGGAUCCCUGAGCAGCCGCUCCCACAGCAGGACCAGCAUCCAGAACAGGCCCUGGAAAUAAAGGAGUAUCCAGGUUUUGGGAAUCCUGAGCAGUGCAGCCCCUUUGUGGUUUUAGGAAUCGGCAGGGAAAAGCAGCCCUGGUGAGAAUGGGCAGCUCGGGUAAGGCUGGGCAGCUGGGAUGGUGUUUCCUAAAAGCAGGAAUGGCAUCACUUGGGGUGCAGGGCACAACAGAGGUGAUAGAACUGGUUUUGUAGGGGAGGGAGAAAACUCCUAGUAAAGGCUGGCACCAGUAGAAACUGUUCCACAAAGUUUUUAGUCCAGCUGAAGGAAUUUGUGUCCAUAAAUUCCUGGGCCGUGCCUGGAGCUAUGAGGGUGAACAGGCCACAAACCAUCUGUGAGCAUGAACUUUGGUGGUUUUAGCAGAGAUAAAGACACUCAGCAACUUGCCAAAAGUGAGAGAAGAUCCUGGAAGGGUUGUUUGUUGGGUUUUUUUAAAAUAAAUUAUGAUAAUGAACAGAAGUAUUUGUAAUAAAGAUGUUUUUUAUUGCCCAGUUGGUGCUGUGACAGUCGUGCUUGCUCAUGGACACUUUGUGAAUAGUUGUGUCUUUUUCAAGGUGAGCUGGAGGAGAAUAACUGGAAUUUUUUUUUCCCAAUGACUCCUUUGCCAGUGGUUUUUUAGGAAUUUCUUUAAGGUUUAGGGUGGCUGAAGGAAAAUUUGCUGCUGCUGCCUCACCAGGGUCCCUAAAACCCAGCAGGGCCCUGGAAUCAGAACUGAACAAGGUGAAGGUUUCCUGGAAAGUGAGUAGCACAGUGUUCCUUGAAUUGGUGCUUCUGGAUAACCUGGGAAUCCUCUGAAUUUCCUGAGCUGCCUAUGGGACACCUGGGAGGGGAUUUUGGGGGGAUUCUGCUCUCCAGAUUUUCCAUCUGGCAUUGCUGAGCCUGCUCCUGCUUUGGUUAUCAUGGUCUUGUGGGGUUUGUGUGUAUUUUUUCCCCCUUUUUGAAGCAGACAAUCUUCAACACAUCCCAAAACUCACUGGUGAUUUUGGGAUAAUUCUGGUGAAAGGACAAAAAGUAGGAGAAAUGGCAUGUAAUUUCCUGUUUGGGAGAUUAGGAGUCAACAUCCCUGAGCACAUGUGUCUUUUAUUGUGAUUGUGAGUGUGAAAUCAGACAAUGCUGGUAGCAGGACUGGCAGGUCCUGCUGCUGUGGGAGUAGAUUUUUCCAGCUCCAUGAGCUCUUGGCAGUGUCUUUGCAUUGGCUAAAAUCCUGAUUUUGGUGUCCAGCUGUGGGAGACAGAUCCAGAGUCCCUGGCUGCUCCGUGCUGCAUGAAAACCUCCUGGUGAAACUUGGAUAAAACUGGCUUGAGUUGUUUGAGAUCCUCCAAAUCCAAGGAAUCAAAGCAAGGACUGGAUGUACUUUCCCACCAUCUCAAUGGAUUUGUGUGGAUUUGGACUCUUGGUGUUGUUUGGAGCAGAGUCAA